AUGGAGCGUGUUACCAGCGGAGGAACGCUACCAGCACUGCUCCUGGCAAGCCUGGGGGUCUGUCUUCUCUAUCGCAUCCUUUGCCGGCUCUUAGGUGGAGAUUCGUUACAGGAUGCGGUUGUGGUCAUCACAGGCGCCAGCUCCGGACUGGGCAGAGAAUGUGCGCACGUCUUCCACAGCGCCGGAGCUCGCUUGGUACUGUGCGGUCGGGACGCAGGUCGGUUGCAGCGGGUGGUUGAGGAGCUGAAUGCAAAUGCGAGGGACGGAAAGCAGCAGCAGACAUGCGUUCCCAGCACUGUUAUCUUCGACCUGAGUGACGUAGCCUCAAUGGAAAAGGCGGCACAGGACAUCUUGAAGUGUUACAGACGAGUGGACGUCCUCAUCAAUAAUGCCGGAAUUAGCUACCGUGGUAACAUACUGGAUACGCACCUGUCGGUUCAGAGGGAUGUUAUGGAAACCAAUUACUUUGGGCCAGUUGCUCUAACGCAAGCUCUCCUGCCCGCCAUGGUUCGUCAGCGCAGUGGCCAUAUUGUUGUCAUCAGCAGCGUUCAGGGCAAGAUAGCCAUUCCUUACCGUUCAGCCUAUGCAGCAUCCAAACACGCCACCCAGGCCUACUUUGAUUGUUUACGUGCAGAAGUGGAGCGUUACGGAAUUCCCGUGACUGUCAUUAGUCCAGGUUACAUCCGGACGAAUCUGUCCGUCAAUGCUGUCACUGGAGACGGCACCAAAUACGGAUUUGUGGACAGAACUACAGCAACGGGUCGGGAUCCCAGGGAUGUGGCUCACGCUGUUCUGAAAGCUGUGCGUCACAAGAGCAAAGAUGUUGUCUUGGCAGGUCCUUUGCCCACCGUGGCCAUCUAUCUUCGCACAUUAUGGCCCGCCCUCUUCUUUAAACUUAUGUCCUCUCGUGCCCGCAAGGAGAACAAACCCAAAAAUACUUGA